AUGUCCGACAUUCAAAGCAGACCCUCUGCCCGAGGCAGAGUAUCUGGCCGUGGUGGCCGUGGUGGCUACAGCAACAGAGGUGGCCGUGGUGGAAACAGCAGAUCCAACCCCGACAGCUCAGACGUCUCAUCCUUUGAUGAAGGUGAAAUUGGCCAGAUGAAGAAGAAGUACUCUGAUACUCUGCCUACUCUUCGCGAGUUGUUCCCCGACUGGAAGGAUGAGGAUCUGGUGUUCGCUCUGGAAGACUCAAAUGGUGAACUUGAAGAGGCAAUUGAGCGCAUUACCGAAGGUAAUGUGUCGCAGUGGGGAGAGGUCAAGAAGAAGGCCCCCAAGGUCAAGGAGGCCCAGAGCACUCCGACCGAGUCGACUUCAGCUCCCAUCCGUGCAGCCCGUGGUCGUGGUGGAUUGGAAUCCCGCGGUCGUGCCCGUGGAGACCGGGGUCGUGGUGGUCGUGGUGGCCGUGCUGGUGCUCAGACUAAUGGAACUCGCGUCGUUAGCACUGCAGAGCCUGUUGUGCCUGCGGCGGCGGUGACCGAACCCGUUACAUCUAACGUGACAGAGGAGGUUGACAACGAGCCUACAGCCACAACCACCGAGACAGAGACCACAACUAGUGUGAUUCCCGAGGGUUCAAAGAAGGGUUGGGCUAGUUUGUUCGCCGCGCCUCCUGCUCCUCCCCCGCAGAAGAAGGCUCCGCAGCCCGCUCCUGUGCCUGUGGUUGAGAAGGCUCCCGAGCCUGUGCCUGAGCAAAAGGCCCCCGAACCUGCCCCAGUGCCCGCCCCGGUACCUGCUCCGGUGCAGAAGACCCCCAUUGCGAAGCCCAUUCAACCUAUUGUCCCUGCCAUUCCCGCCGUUGUCGCUAAGCCCCCUCAGGUGGACUUGACCGAGACAAACCUUGAGCAGAUUCCCGAUGUGUCUGGCCCGGCUCCUACUGCAACUGCUGCCAGCACCGUUGGCAGUGCUUUGGAUCCUGUGGCUGCUGCUCAAGCUACUCCUUCUCGUGCCCCUCCUUCCAGUCUUCCCGGUAGCGCAUACAAGCAAGGCGUUCGUGCUCCAGGCUUCCAGCGUCGUGUGAUGGAACAGCAACAGGCUGUGGUGAUGCCCGGAAACCACGCCGUUGACCGUGCUGCCGUGCAGUUUGGAAGUAUGGGACUGAAUGGCGACGCUGUGGACAUUGAUGAGAACCGUGAGGAGGCCGAAACUCGCGCUCAACCUCCUCAGCACUCCCCCGUCGCUCCUCGUGCUUCCCUUCCUCCCUCCACCCAGGCUAUUACCGAGACCCCUACCGCCCGACCUGCUCCUGGUCUGCCCCCGGUUCCCCAGGGCCCCGUUGCCGACUCCUUCUCCGACUUCUCCCGUUACACCGAGACCCAGAAACCCUACGAUCCCUUCGCCAUUCCUGCCAGCCAGCCCCAGCAGCAGAUCCAGGAGCCUUUCGCCAACCAGGCCCCUACCCAACCCGCUGCUACCACCGGUAGCGAGUACUCUCCCUUCUACGCUGCCGACCAGCAGCGUUUCCCUUACAACUACUACGAUAGCUACGGCCAGACUCAGAAUGCCACCGCUGCUCCCCGUGCAGCUCCUGGAUUCGGUGUCUCGAGUGCUGAGGCUGCGCCUCAGAUCCCCUCCACUCAGGCCCCCAGCCGCUACGCUCCCGUCGAUGCCACCAACAGUGGUCACAACACCCCCAACCCGACCAUGCCCGCUGCCAACCAGACUCCUGCUUCCCAGCACAUGCAGGGUCAGCAGAGUGCCUACGGCUACGGCUAUAACCCUUACUACGCCAACCCCCACUAUGCUCAGUACAUGAACCAAAUGAACCAGCAGCCCCAGUAUAACCGCAACCGCCCUAUGUACGACGAUGCUCGUCGCUAUGACGACCCUAACCAGGCGCAGCAGCAGCAGCAACAACAGCAGCAGCAGCAGCACUACGGCAUGCCCCACAACAACCAGUACGGCUACGGUAACCAAUACGGUCCCUACGCUGGUAAGGGUAACAUGUACGGCCAGCCCCACGGGUUCUCCUACGAUCACACCUCUUCCCCUGCGAAUGCUGCUGCCAGCUUCAACCAGGGCACCCCUGGACGUGACUCAGUCUACGGUGGUCGCACCGGCUCUCAGCCUGCCGACAACCAACAGACAGCCGCUGGCAGCAACGCCUUCGGUACUGGCAUGUCGGAUGUCUUCAGCCGGUCUCAGGCCGGUAGCUUUGGUCAGAACCCCUCUGUUGGCCAGCAGGCUCCCGUGACCGCUGAGGAGACUAAGGGCUUCGAGGCUCCCAAGGCUGGCGGUCCUAGCCCGUCCCUUGCCCAGGCCAACCGCCCUGGCUCUGCCACCAACAACGUUCCCGGCCAGCCCCAGGGCCAGACCGGUCUUCCCCCGCUGCAGGGCCAGCAGGGUCAGCAAUCCUUCGGCGGCUAUGGUCACUUGAACCCCCAGUAUGGCGGUCUCGGUGGUCUCAGUGGUCACCAAGGCGCUGCUUCGCAGACCGGUGGUUACAACAACUACGGUGCCGGAUUCAGCAACUACUACGGAAACAACAACAACCGUGGUGGCUGGGGUAACAACUACGGCCACUAA